AAAAUUAACCCACAUACAUAUCAUUAACAAUUACGUAACUUUGUAUAUAGAAGUAUCCAUUCAGAAUUUCCUAUUCCACCGCCACACACCCCAAUUCCCACCGUUAAAAAACCACGUUACGUCCAUUCUCUUUGGUUGGUUGGGUUCGUUGGUUCGUUGAUAUCCAAUUGAUAUCCAUGCGAGUCAAAGGUUAAUAACCUUAAAUGGAUACCACGUUGUUUGGUGUAGUGAGAUUCCAACAUCCUCAAGGUGAUCAAGAUCAAUCCCUCAACAACUCCACCACCACCACCAGCUCUCCAUCCUCCAGACAACACAACUAUCCCUACCCACAAGAAGACGAAGAAUGCUUCAACUUUUUCAUGGAUGAAGAAGACCUAUCCUCGUCUUCUUCCAAGCACUACUAUCCCUAUCAACCCCACCCUCCCUCCACUACACCUACCACCACCACCACCACCACCACCGACCUCUCCUUCUCUCCCACCCAAGACCCCGCCUUCCCUUUCCAGCUCUCCGGCAAGUGGGCCAACGACAUACUCCUCGAAACCUCACGUGCCGUCUCCGACAAGAACACCACGCGCCUCCAGCAACUCAUGUGGAUGCUCAACGAACUCGCCUCCCCCUACGGCGACACCGACCAGAAACUCGCCUCCUACUUCCUCCAAGCCUUCUUCAGCCGCAUCACCCAAGCCGGUGACCGAACCUAUCGAACCUUGGCCUCGGCCUCCGAGAGAACAUGCUCCUUCGAAUCCACGCGCAAGACCGUGCUGAAGUUCCAAGAGGUCAGUCCCUGGACAACCUUCGGACACGUGGCGUCCAAUGGUGCCAUCUUGGAAGCCUUGGAAGGCGAGCCCAAACUACACAUAGUUGACAUCAGCAACACCUAUUGCACCCAAUGGCCUACGCUCUUCGAAGCCCUUGCCACUCGAAACGACGACACUCCGCACCUCCGUCUCACCUCCCUCGUCACCGCCGCCUCCGCGCACAAGGUCAUGAAGGAAAUCGGCGCCAGAAUGGAGAAAUUUGCCAGACUCAUGGGCGUGCCUUUUCAAUUCAACGUCGUUCAGCACUUAGGUCAACUUUCUGACUUCGAUUUCGGCGCCCUGGAUAUCAAAGAGGACGAGGCUUUGGCUAUUAACUGUGUCAAUACUUUGCAUUCGGUCUCCGCCAUCGGGAACCACCGUGAAGCGGUGAUAUCCUCGCUGAGGAGGCUGCAGCCGAGGAUCGUGACGGUGGUGGAGGAGGAGGCGGACUUGGACGUGGGAUUGGAGGGGUUGGAGUUCGUGAAGGGUUUUGAAGAGUGUUUGAGGUGGUUUAGGGUUUACUUCGAAGCGUUAGAAGAGAGCUUUCCGCGGACGAGCAACGAGCGGUUGAUGCUGGAGCGGGCGGCGGGGAGGGCGGUGGUCGACCUGGUGGCAUGUUCGGCUUCGGAUUCGGUGGAGCGACGGGAGAGGGCAGGGCGGUGGACGAGGAGGAUGCAUGGAGGUGGAUUCAAUACGGUGGCGUUUAGCGAAGAGGUGUGUGAUGACGUGAGAGCGUUGUUGAGGAGGUAUAGGGAGGGAUGGUCAAUGGCACAGUGCUCCGACGCCGGAAUAUACCUUUCGUGGAAGGACCAGCCGGUGGUGUGGGCCAGUGCAUGGAGGGCCUUGACGUAGUGUAGAGGAGAAUGACUUGACUUUGGUACUUAAGACAAUGGUAUUAAUCGGAGGGUAUGAGGAUGAUUGCAGCAAAGGGAUUUGCCUCUAUUAUUCAAAAAGGAAUCAUCAGACUAAAUUUAUUUUCAUCACAUUUCCUUUUCAUUUUUCACUAUUUCUGUUGUACAUACUUUAUAUAUUAUAUUAUAUUUGGGUUUAUAUCUCAAGCUAUUCGAGUACUUUUUAUAAACUAUUCAAGCAGUA